GCUAGGGCCGCGCCUGCGCCUGUCGCGUAGCAGCGCGGACGCGGCGGCAGGGCCAUGGCGGGUCCGGCGGCGGUGGAACAGGCUCGGGAUGAGGCCUCGGUCGCAGCCGGCGCGGAGGAGACCGUGAAGAUCAUCUGCCUGGGCGACAGCGCUGUGGGCAAGUCCAAGCUGCUGGAGAGGUUCCUGCUCGACGGCUUUCGCCCCCAGCAGCUCUCUACCUUCGCCCUGACGCUCUACCAACACCGCGCCCGCGUGGACGGGAAGCCGGUCGUCGUGGAACUUGUUUUUUGUCUUACAGACUUCUGGGACACAGCUGGACAAGAGAGGUUCCAGAGCAUGCAUGCGUCCUAUUACCAUAAGGCUCAUGCUUGUAUCAUGGUGUUUGAUGUUCAGCGGAAAGUCACCUACAAGAACUUGAGCUGCUGGUACAAAGAGCUGAGAGAGUUCCGCCCGGAGAUUCCUUGUAUUGUAGUGGCCAACAAAAUUGAUGCGGAUAUGAAGGUGACCCAGAAAAGCUUCAACUUUGCCCGGAAGUUCAAUUUACCCUUUUACUUCGUGUCUGCUGCAGAUGGUACCAAUGUAGUGAAGCUCUUCAAUGAUGCUAUCAAACUGGCAGUUGCUUACAAACAAAAUUCAGGUGAUUUCAUGGAUGAGGUCAUGCAAGAGCUGGAGAGCUUUGACUUGCAGAAGAGUGAGGACUUGUCAGAAACAGAGGAGAGCUGCUCUGAAGAGAAACCCCCAUCUGCCUAAAGCCUCAGAUCCUGAGUUUGUUUCUCAUUUCCCUGUUUUUUUGGGGGGGUUAUUUAGAGCUGGCCUUCACAGAGGAAAGUGAUCUUCUCAUGCACUCAGUACUCUGGUGAACAGCUGGGUAUUUUCCCUUCUUGCAAGUGACUGUCUGGGCAUGGCCUUCCUUGACCGGGUGCACAGCACGGUCAAGGAGAGGGCAAUAAUAUCUAUAUGGUUGCUGGUUACUGCAUGUUCCUUAGAGGCUAAGCUUGCUGGGAGAGCUGAGCCACUCUCGGAUCUGCAGGGAAGAGUACCCACCAAGAUGCUUUAGUAGUAUUUACUGGAGAAAACAAACACUAAAUGUUUUUUUUUAUAAAGCUU